AUGUGUCGGGCGCUCGAAUACGAGUCAUUGUUGUUGCCCUUUCGCCUCGAGACAAAGGAAACGCUGCCGUCGCCUGACGCUGAUCAAACAAUUUCUGUUUUCCGAGUGAGAUAUUUCUAGAGAACGGUCACGGUAUUCUGUUGUUGUUGACGGUGCGCGCUCUCCGGAAAGUUCGUCAAAAACAAAAACAUGGUGUUGCUGCCAAACUAACAGUGACUCCGCCUUCAAGCCUCAUUCCUCAUCUGACCGACACAAAGGUCGCCCGUCCCUUUUUUCUCUCUUGUUCUGAUUUCUUCUCGAUGUCUUCCUUUCAUUAUCUCAUUUGCAGAGCGACUUGGGCAAUCGGUCUGGAAGUGCCGGAGGAAUGGGGGAGAAGCUCAGAGACAAUCCUGUCCUGGAGGCGGACGGAAAACCAGUUGAAGUCAAAAUAGUGAACGAACGAAUUGUUCCUCUACUCCGCGGUCUGGCCCCGGACGGAUCGUGCAACGGCAUCAAGCCGAUAAUAUCGAAUUGCAGCCCAGAGGAACUUGAGAUCUUCCGUCGAGCUUUCUUGGACGGCCUGCCGGAAUCUGCGAGAGUUCGACGCAACAGGCCGACGAAUCCUGCACCGAAUCGCUUGCCAGAGCCGGUGUUCGAGGAGGUCCCCGGAUAUUCACGCAAGAGACCAGUGAAGGUAACUUCCGAAGUAAGAUUUCAGUAUCAUCCCAGUUUUUUCAGUUUGGAGAUCCGACCGGACUGUUCGAGGCGAUGGUUCCUGAAGUUAAGUACCUUUUCAACGUCGACAGCCUGGUGAGCGUCUGCUAAUGCAGUACAUUGAGUUAUUGAGCAUCUUUUCAGGCCAGCUGCGAAAACUUUGUGAACUACCAAGGGGAACUGUCUCCAGUCGAACUGCUCUUUGAGAUGGCGUGCGUGCCAUUCGCGAAGAAGGUUGAUAGAAAAAGAGCUUGCUAAUCAAUAACUGGUCUUUUCAGGGCCCGGGAUUCUACUACGUCAUCGGAUGGGUCAUGCUCAGAGCUCUAUGCGGAAGACAAGAGCGUGCCAAUUCGAAAAUGUGCGAACAUGCCGAAGUUCGCACUGAGGUACAGAAUCAGGAGCGCUUAAUUGAUCACAAUUCACUCUAUUUGAGAUCGGCCGAUGCGCGUGGCUCGAAUUCCCCAAUCGCAUUCUGCCGGAGGGCGUCACAAUCGAGCAGAGCAAUAGUCUGUUGGAAUCUGUGAAGUUGCAACUGGCGAACUCGAAACCUCAUACCGAACUCUGGUUCCUUUACUUCGACGACAAAGAGGACCUCCGUGUGAAUCCAAUGACCGUUCCGGAUCUGAAAGAGAUCAUCAAGCAGUUCUUCGAGUGGUUCCGACAUAACAAGAGCUCUUCCUGCAAGGACUUCUUGACUGCUCCGGACACCCUCGGCCAAUGGACGGACAAAACGGCGUUGAAACUGAAGCAACACAGAGAGUUCCAUGUGGGAGAAGUCGAUUAA